UUUCUCGAGAUACCUCCGAGCAGAGGUGCAGGAGACUAGCUAACCAAAGUAUUGUUCAUUUAUUGUUUAUGUGACACCGUAACUGUAAUAUAUAUAUUUACCGUUAGCUUAAAUAAUAUUUGUAAUGCCCGUCAGUCUCCACUCACACGUCCCUGCCCGGUUUAACAUGGUGAACGCGGAUGAAAUCGCCAGGUUGUGCUACGACCGUUUCAACAAACUUCCCCGGAGAGGGAAGCCUGAGCCGGGCAGAGAGUGGACCCUGCUGGCCGCUGUCGUGAAAAGCAUCCGGUGUGCUGACUCUGACACAGUUGAAAAGGAGGUUGUUUCCCUAGGAACUGGGACCAAAUGCAUUGGAAGCACAGCUAUGAGUCCCAAUGGGGAUAUGCUUAAUGACAGCCACGCAGAAGUCAUUGCCAAAAGGGGAUGUGUCAGGUACCUGAUCCAGGAGCUGCACACGGCAGUGAGUGGUGGGGACAGCUCGGUGUUUUGUCCGGCAGAUCAGCGGGGGAAAUGGAAGCUUCGGCCGGGUGUUUCCUUCCUCUUCUUUACCAGUCACACUCCCUGUGGUGACGCCUCCAUCAUCCCCAUGACUGACAGCCAGUCUCAGCCCUGCCCUCCUGUCACAUCUGUAAAGGCCCAUAAAGGGACUAAUGGAGGAGGAAACCUGAAAAGGAAAGCAGAGGAACCAAGUGACGGGAAAAACACUAAACUGCCCCGUCUGGAGGAACAGGAGACAGCAGAGACACAGCUCGAGGACAGAGGAGAACUGAAACAAUCCUUCCUGUCAGAUUCAUCUAAAACCGAAGCUCCGUCACAGAGUGUGGAAACCGCCUCCUCUGAUAGUCCUGGACCGCAUCCACAGAUCCCAGACAUUCACAGAACGGGGGCCAAGUGUGUCCCGGGUGGCCUGGCUGACCCUCUGCACCCCGGGGUGGGGUACCACAGCACGGGGCUGCUCCGGGUCAAGCCUGGGCGAGGAGAGCCGACUCUGUCCCUCUCCUGCAGUGAUAAGCUGGCCCGCUGGGGGGUGCUGGGCUUCCAGGGUGCACUGCUGUCCCACUACCUACAGGAGGCGCUCUACUUCAGCACGGUGGUGGUGGGGAAGUGUCCAUAUAGCCAAGAAGUUAUGCACAGAGCUCUGGUCACAAGGUGCUCCUGUGUAUCGGACCUCCCUGCUGGGUUCUCUGUGUGCCCACCUGUGUUGCUCCAGUCCAGCCUGGAGUUCCCCUUCAGCCAGGGUCAGACUGAGCUCCGACACCAGGCCGGACAGGGACGUAUCUCCCCCUGUGGGGCAGGUAGGAUCCUCACACACAUUUUCCUAGCAGUGGGAACAGCACAAAUCACAUGGAAUCCGAUCCUUUCCAUCCUGAUUCUGGCUACUUUCAUAUGUGGUCCAAAUCAGAUCCAGUGUGAGCAGACUUCAACCACUCGUGCUUUUUUGUAUUUGUUCAGGAGAACAGAGCUGCAGACUUACUGGGACUACAAGCAGGCGUCUCAGUCGUACCAGCAGGCCUGGCAGCAGCUACGCAGCCAGGCCUUCCCUCUGUGGCCACGCAGUGACAGAGAUCUCCUGCUCUUCCGCUGAAAGCCUGCUCUCUGCUGCUGAAAUGUCCUCGUGGAGGCUGAUGAAAAACUGCCUUUGUUGUAGCAAAACUUGGAGGUCACAGGUCAAAAUAACGGCUGGUAUGCAAAUAUUGCUUUUCAACAACAACUCCCCUGGAUGCAAGAGCCUGUGAAACUCACAUUUCAAAGAAAAGAUGUCAAUAACAUACUGGUGAAUAAUAUUGUAAAGUGUUUAUCAUGUCACACUUCCAAUAAAAGGACUAAUCUGACUACUCCAA